UCAAUUUUCUCUCAUCUCUCUCCCUCACCUCCUCACACCAAGAUGGCUGUAGACCAGCAAACCACCCACAAAAUUCCCACCCGCACGAGUUUAGCCGCCACAUUCCAAUGCCAGGCACGGCGGAGAAUCUUCCUACUCAGGCGCAACAAGAUGCCGACGGUUCGACUUGGUGGGAAGAAACCACGGCGAGGGCUUUUCAUAGUGAGGAUUCUGAAGAAGAUUAGACUGAGGUGGCUGAAGUUGCAAUAUACGUGCAUGCUGAGGAAGCUUAGGAAAUAUUAUAGGAAUUUGAUCAAGGAUAUCGUUGAAGCGGGAGCAAGUGUAGAGGCUUUGCAGCAAAGAAUGUUUAUGGAGUCGACCUUCGCUGUCCCGGUUUUGGGUGUUUCCUUCUCUAGCUUCCCUUCAGCGACUGGGUCAGAUCGCCCUCGAGCCUUGUUCUUCUAAAACAUUUUAUUUCCUCACCAGGUCCUCAAACU